UUCCCCCUCGUUCUCCUCUUCCCCUCCUCUCUCUAUACAUUUCACGAAAAUACCCUUCCAUGGUUUUCUAGGGUUUGAUUGGAAGCUUUCAGAAAGAAAGUAAGAGAAAUCAUGGCUUCCCAAACCCAACACGGCAGAGAAGAAGAGAGAGAUCUGGAGGUGGGGCUCAUCUCCUUCCCGAUUCCGUCACCGAUACGGUUACGGUUUCCGUCGCCGUUACCUUCUCCGUCCCCGUCGCCGUCUGCUGCGUUAGCCCCCUCUGUCAUCUUCUCCAACUGUCUGCAUUCUCCGUCACCGUCGCCAUCUGCCAUGGCAGGGCCGGCCCUCGUCCUCUCUAACUCCGGGAAGCGGAUCGACCAGAAGAAGAAGUACGUGAAGCAGGUGACAGGCCGGCACAAUGACACCGACAUGCACCUGGCAGCGAAGCGCGGCGACCUGGCGGCCGUGCGGCAGAUCAUCAGCGAGAUAGACGCGCAGAUGGUGGGGACCGUGAUGGGGGCGGAUUUUGAUGCUGAGGUGGCUGAUAUACGGGAGGCGGUGGUGAACGAGGUGAAUGAGCUGGGGGAGACGGCGUUGUUUGUGGCCGCAGAGGAAGGCCAUGUCGAUGUCGUGAGGGAGCUCCUCAAGUACUCGAAUAAGGAGAGCAUCUCGAGGAAGAACCAGUCCGGGUUCGACGUGCUGCAUAAGGCCGCAAGCCAGGGGCAUCAAGCCAUUGUCCAGGUACUUUUAGACCACGAUCCAGGAUUGAGCCGAACAACUGGUCCGUCAAAUGCAACUCCUCUUGUAUCUGCAGCAAUGAGGGGGCAUACAGAGGUGGUAAAUGAAUUACUAUCGAAGGAUUCUAGCCUGCUUGAGAUUUCCAAAACCAAUGGAAAAAACGCACUACAUUUAGCUGCUCGACAAGGGCACGCAGACAUUGUAAAGGCAUUACUUGACAAGAACCCGCAGUUGGCAAGGAGGAAUGAUAAGAAAGGACAGACUGCACUUCACAUGGCUGUUAAAGGCGUUAGCUGUGAAGUGGUAAGAUCACUUCUCGAUGCAGAUGCAGCAAUAGUAAUGCUACCCGACAAGUUUGGAAACACAGCAUUGCAUAUAGCAACGAGGAAAAAACGGACAGAGAUAGUGAGUGAGCUCCUACUGAUCCCUGACACCAAUGUCAAUGCACUGAACAGGGAUCACAAGACAGCGUUAGACAUUGCAGAAGGACUGACUCUCUCGGAAGAAUCGGCAGAGAUAAAAGAGUGUUUGGACCACCACGGCGCACUCAGGGCGAAUGACCUGAACCAGCCGAGAGAUGAGCUAAGGAAGACCGUUACGGAAAUUAAGAAAGACGUACAUACCCAACUUGAACAGGCCAGAAGAACCAACAAGAACGUCAGUGGGAUCGCCAAGGAACUCAGAAAGCUCCACAGGGAAGGGAUCAACAACGCCACCAACUCCGUGACCGUUGUCGCUGUGCUAUUCGCAACAGUCGCAUUUGCGGCCAUCUUCACCGUCCCCGGCGGGAACGAUGACUCUGGUGUGGCGGUGGCAGUGAAAUCCACCUCAUUCAAGAUCUUCUUCAUCUCCAAUGCCAUUGCAUUGUUCACUUCCUUGGCGGUGGUGCUCGUUCAAAUCACUUUGGUUAGGGGGGAAACGAAAUCGGAGAGGAGGGUUGUCGAAGUCAUUAACAAAUUGAUGUGGUUGGCAUCUAUUUUCACAACAGUCGAGUUCAUUGCCUCUUCUUAUAUCGUUGUCGGUCGGCAUCGUGCCUGGGCCGCAAUCCUAGUCACUGUCAUUGGAGGAGUGAUAAUGGCUGGAGUUCUUGGUACCAUGACCUACUACGUGGUGAAGUUCAAGCGUAGCCGGAAGCUCAGGAAAAGGGAAAAGUCAUCAAAGAGGGGCGGGUCAAACUCAUGGCAUCAUCCCUCUGACUUAUCUGAUUCAGAACUCAAUCCCAUUUUUGCUAUUUGACAGGACAUGCAUUCAAUCCCAUUUUGGACAUCUUAUGUAUUUGCCGGCGCUGGUUGUAGAGUUGCCUGUUUAUGAUUCUUCAAAGGAGACGGCGGGUUGCUCGAUUCUACAAUUGUGUAUAUAUAAUGUGUGAUUGAACGAAACAACAUGUCGAAAUCUGAUGGGAUGAAAUUUUGACACUGAGCAUAAUCGAGAGUGGAGAUAAGAUGUUCAGUCCGUGGCUUCGAUGAAUAUCAUUGUAUCUAGAUUCGAUGAAGUUUGGUAUACAGUCCCAUGCUCAGAUUUACACGCAAUACACAUUUCAACUUGUCAAGUGUACAGGACAUAAUGAUUGGUGCAUGAAGUGUCCCAUUGAUCUUAUGAUGAUGGCCCACAAAUAUCAGGCGGGUCAUAUGUUUAUGUUGAA